CUACAAUAGUACAAUACAUCCGUGUAAUCAGCCAGUAAUGAAAAGGCUGGAGUUUGGAUCAGAAGUCCAGCGAGUGACAGGUGUGUGUUAUGUGGGCCUUUGGUGCUCACCGGAGCCCAUGUCCAGUUAUUGCCUUGACGUUGAGUUUGUUUCGUUCUCUGGGUGGUGGGCCGCCUCAUGGAUCUUAACCGACAUGUCCAGAUGGUUGUCUCCAUCCACACCCUAGGAUAGGGACACGCGUUCGCGAUCUGGUGGCUUACGUGGAAGGAUCGCAAUCAGUUUUGACAGUUACUUAAAUCUGUGAUGAGCCCAUGAUGAUGUCAGGCUUACGCGCUGUUGCGAUUGGAUGUUUCUUGGUGGGCUAACUAUGUACAAUACAUACGUCUAGUUUCCACGAGAACUUCUUGGAAAUUAGUAGGAUGCUGAGAAAUUGGGUUUCAACCAGUGUUAUUAAAGCCGAGCCGAGCCGCUCGGUCCGACCGGUAAAACCGCCACCCGGUCACAAAAUCGGUUCGGAACAGUCUAAAAGCCGCUCCGGUUUUAUGUAGUGGUUGGCAAGCGGUCGAGGCGGUUAGCCGAUCGAGCCGUUCGUUCGGUUUUUGCCAUUCAACCACUAAAUUUAAUUAAAAAAAUUGUAGAAAAUUGAAAAUUGAAAAAAACAAAAAACGUCGGGCUCUCAAAUUGAAUCCUUAUUUCAAUUUCACAAUUUCGAAGGAAAGAGAUGAGCUCUGAUUAAGAAAUGUCCAUUAUUUAUACUGAUAACGUCUAUUAGGUACCGGUUCUCUAAUGGUUUUUAAACGGUCUAAUGCCGGUUGGACCACUAAAGUGCGAGCCGUUCGCAUUACCGGGUCAUGCUCCAGUUCGGUUCUGACAACAUUGGCACUUUCAACCCAAAUUCAAAGGGCAUAUUAUCAACUCAAUACACAUGAAUAAUGGCAAGUUACAAAAUCUGAAUGAGUGUUCUUAAGGGAACUUGGGUGUGACUCAAGUAUAUAAUCUUGUUCAGAUCGAAUUAGACAGUUUAGCAACUUAGAUUCUGAUUUAUUUGGGUAUAUUAGAAAUGACAAUGUAUAAACAACGGAGUUAUUAUUUCAAUCAUUGUAGUAUACUUACUUCGUGUUGGUGCAUAGAUUUUGGUAAGGUGAGUUGAUUAUAGUGUGAGUUAGGACAAGCUAACUAUGCUUUUUUUAUGCAUAUAAUUCAGGGGAAUAUAGAGGUCAAGUAAUAUUAUGUUUUUAAUGAAAAGAUAAAGAAAACACACUCACUAAUUGUAAGAAAAUAGGCGAGACAAUCACAAAAAGUUCAAUAGGAGAAUUGAUGGAAACCAGACAAUAUAGAAAAUUCACGAACAUUUACGAAAGAUUCAUUAAUUGAAGUGACACCAUUUCUUAUGCUUAUGCCAUAGAAGUUUUUUGGUAGAACAUAGGAAUUUCAAUGUUUCAUUGAAGAGAAAACAUUUAUCUGGAUUCGAACGUUAGGAUCAACAACUGAUGAAAGAAAAACAUUUCUUUGGUUUAUAUAAAUCAAUGUUUUCUAUAAAUGUACAAGUAUGAAUCCAAUUAUGAAGAAUGGCUAAGUGAUCCUACUCGACACUCACAUUGAAUUUAGCGCCCAAGUGGUUUGACCAAAACUCCAAACGAACAACAGGAUAUAUUAAAAAAAACUUCGACAAUGCAUAGCUACGACCUAAUUAAUUCUUCGUGGACUAAUCAACCUCAUCUAAACUCCAUUGGUCAACAGAUGUUCAUCCGAAAAUAACCAAAUUGAAACUUUAACAUCAACCCAAUGGCAGAGCAUGACAAGCGGCAAGAAAAGAGCAUACCGUUUUACUCCAAUGGUAAUUAAUUGAUAACCUAACUGAUUAACUGACAAACACACAACAAAAUCUAAAAAUUACCAACCACACAGAAAAACUUCAACAUCCAAUUUUAAUCCCCAAAAAUAACUUCUGACAACCCACCAUGUCUACAUUGCCACAAAGUUUCUUCCUUUCUCCAUUUCAUCACACUCUCAUUUCCUCCUCUUCUCCGGAUCAGGAAGGGUCAAGGGCCUACACACAUACAAUUCUCCCUCCCCUCUCCCAAAACACCUAUCGAAAAAAUUGCGCCUUUCUUUCUUCCCUGAUAUCAUGAACUCCAUAAAUGUCUCGAUGAUUCUUCUCGUCCUGGCCAUUGCGGCAGCAACAGUCGAAUCGAUGGCACAGUCAAUGACAGGCGACGACAUAGGCCACUCCAACGAGGCGGGAAUGUCAAUGGCCACGUGCGACGCCAUGGAAGGACACUGCUUCAACGCGGAUACAGACUUCAUGAUGGAUAUGGAGAGUCACGAUAGGUUGUUAUGGCAGGUGGGCUCGGGGAGGCAGAGGUACAUUACCUACCAAGCACUUAGGGCGAACAGUAUCCCGUGUGGCUGGCGUGGAAACUCCUACUACGAUUGCGAUGCGCACAAGAGGGUCAACCCUUACCGUAGGGGUUGCACCGCUGCAACCCGUUGCUUCAGGUACACUCAUUGAAUGAGUAAAUCGUGCGGGAUGAUCGAAUCAUGUGUGACAAUGUUUACUAGUUUGUUUUUGUAUUGUUAAUUAAUGGGAGAAACUAAGGAUGGAAGUGCAAAGAAAGGAAAAGGAUCAAAGGGGAACAAUGGAGGGGGUGUUGUUUGUAAUAUGGGGAUAUAUUAUAUCUUAUUGAUGGUGGGUAUUUUUCCAAACUUCAUUAUUUGCUGUGAUUUACUCACCCAAAGUAUUUCUAAUUAACUCGUCAAUAUUGUCCCCUGGAUUUAUUAUUGUUAUAUGUAUUUCAUAAUUUAGCUUUAUACAUUCAUCAAUCAUUCUUAUGAAUUCAACCAACACUAACCCUCAUGUGUCUUAUGGUGAAUUUUUCGAAUGGACUGUGUUUCCUCUCUAAUUUCAUUUCUAUACCUAGUGGAUUCAAAUCAUUGACAUUGCAUGAAUUCUUUAUAUAAUUUUUUCUUCUAUAUAUAGUUGUGGAUAUGAACAUUGCGACAAUUGAUGAGUUCCAAUCAUAUAAGAAAUAUUUAUACACAACCACGAAUAAAUAAUAAAAGGUUUAAUUAUGUAUCUCUUCCAACGAUUUCAGUUCUUGAGAUGAGCUGGCUGUUUUGGCCAAGAUGUUUACAGUCUGUGUAAUUUUCAAGUUCAUGAGUUAAAUAUCGUUUAAGAGUGUAUACUGAUAUACGAUCUAUUAUACAACAUCUCUCAAUAAUUUGAGUGAUUGGAAACUUGGGACCAAUUGAUUCAUAAAACUAAUUACAUUAACCCUCAAUACUAACACCUAACCGAUGUACAAAUUACAUUAACCCACAAUACUAACACCUAACCGAUGUACAAAUUACAUUAACCCUCAAUACUAACACCUAACCGAUGUACAAAUUUAUCGCGAGUACAUACAAUGGACUUCUCCUCCUAACAACUUGAAUUACUCAAAUGAAGAGCCAUAUACUUCUAGUAAAAAACCGUAAAGGAGGGGAAAGACAUUGCCUUCUCGUUUUUUGCCUAAGCAUUAAAUGAAGGGAUCAAAAGCAUGGUUGCAAGUCACCACCCAUGCUAUCACACUUCACCCUCUUCUUGACAUAUAAACGUAUCAAAACCAGCAAAAAAGAGAGUGAUUGUGGUUUGAUCCAAUUAUAGCUAUAGCAUAUCACGGUUCUCAAAAAUCAAGGCCUUUUUCUUCCAAACCUAACAAGACAAUCCAAAUGCCAUCCACAAAAGAUGCACCAACUUUGCCUCAACAUUCCCAUUGUGGCAUUCAAUACACAAACUCAUAUCGGGUUAAUUAUACUAAUGCAUGGUGAAUUAUUUUUUAUGGGCGUCUCAACGUGAAGAUAUAUGGGAUUUUAUGCAUUAUGGAAGGAUCUCGCCAUUUCAAAUUCGUUGAUAUAACCAUUUGGCAAACUCGGACUUCAAAUAUCCUAUUGUCCGUUUCCAUGAGAUCUACAUCCAAGUUACCAAUCAACUCAACCAAAUUCAUAUGAAAAAGGUCUUCUCGACCCUAAUUAGUUGAUAUGGACGACCCCCAUUGUAACGUGUGCCCCCAUUAGAGCAAACUCGUUGCUCGAUCUAAUUCUAACCCAGCUUGCUCGAAACGAAUCCGGUCCAUUCCUCCAGGUGUGUGAUAGCCAAUUAGAAACGUUUAUUUGGUUACUUUUCUAUCAUUAAAGUUUAGACGAAUUGACAUGCUGCCCCGGAUAAAAUUAAAUAAAAUGGAUGGAGUGACGGUGACCAUCAUACAUAAUCAGUUCAUCUUUAGCACAACUAGAAAAAGAUAAUAAAAAAAAAUCAAUGACCCAGUUGUUAGCAACCCAAAAUAUAGUGACCUUUUAGUC